AUGUCAACUACAACUUCCUCCACUUUCCCUUCUAAUAAUGGUAAUCAUUCGAAUGAUGAUCAUUCCACUCAAAAAUCAUCACUCUCAACUUUUCCACUCAAUCAUUCAAUCCUACAAAGUGGAAAAAUCUCAAAACAGGAAUUGCAACAAUUAAUCACAACUACAUCCUCAACUCGGAAUGAAGAUCAACAACAGUGUGAUCACCAUUCAUCAACUGCAAGUUAUCUUUUACUCGAUGUUAGGAGUCAUCAAGAAGUGAGAGGUCAUCAUCCACUUCUUCCAACAGCAAAACAUAUUCCAAUUAAUUUAAUAUAUAGUGCGUUUGAAGCCGAUGAUGAGGACUUUGAAAUGGAAUUUAGAUUUUCCAAGCCACAACCAAAUGAUUGUAUUAUUGUGUAUUGUGAACAUGGAGUCAGAAGUCAAAUGGUUCAACAAAUAUUGAAAGAAGAAUUUGGAUAUCGUCAUGUGAUUAAUUAUGAAGGAUCGGCUCAUGAUUGGUAUUCAAAUUGA